CUCUCUCUCUCUCUCUCACCCUCAACAAUCGAAAACCUCUCUCACAGCUUUGCAAGCUAGGGUUUCUCCCACCUUGCGCACUCGAAUUCUGCAGCACCCAGCGUCAGAUCUCUCUCCGGAGCUGUUCGUUUCAAUCGUCGCCUGCAGGCUGCAGGUUCUCUCCAUCAUUUGAUGCCGUCUUAUCGGCAAGCCGUGAAGAGUCUAUGUGAACUGGACGCGACAUCGACCCAUUUGGUACCCGGACAGAUUUAAGGCGCGAAUUUAUUUAAGAUGGAGAAAAGUUUAGAUGCCUCUCAACCGAGGAGAUCGUUUAUCCCGAUUGAGUCUAUAUGUAUAGAUCUUUCCAGUGCCAUCGAUAGAGAUUAUAUUGGAAAGUGCAAGUGCUUCUCUAUACGUGAAUAUGUAGCUGAAAUGAGAAAAAAGGACGAGAAGAUUUGCUGGCCAUUUACAUCAGGUGGUAACAUUAAUGCCAUAAAGGAGCAAGCUUGCAAGCUUCCUCCACUACCUCUUCAAAAUUAUCAAUUGCGGCGAUGCCUGAAUUGUCUCAAACGGAUCAACGUUAAAGCUGGUAGAAAGGAAACUGGCACUGUUCUUAAGUGCUGCAGUAAAAGAUGCCUCUUUGAUGGCCCUUGUUCCCAGAUGUGGAGCAUCUGUGAACCAUCAAAGACUGCAUUGGAUUUUCAGGAAACCUUGAAGCUCGAAGUUACCGAGAAAAGAGAAGCUAUUCCUGAUACUUCUGCUUUCCUGACUAAGGGUGACUGUUGUACUUCGUUAGUAGCUGACAAAAGUGGCAAAACAGACGAUGAAAGUGGGGCUUUCAGAGAAGGAAAUGAAGAAGAUGGUUUUGAAGAAAACAGAAGUCUUGAAUCUGUAGAAUUUACCAGACUAAGAGCUGUCGCACCAGAAGUUGAUCAAUGUCAGGGCCAGGAAAUUGUAAAAAAUGACCAAGUUUGCAACCAUACAACAUGCAAAGGCUCUCCUGAUUCAUGUCAGCAAGGCGGAAGUCAAGAAGCUCAAAAUACUUCGGAGAACCUUCAACAAGGAAAACAAGCUUCUGGCGAUGGUCAGGAGGGCAUUGUGACUGAGGACCCUGAAGAGACAUUAAGAAUGGUUAGUGUGGCUGUUCAGAUGCCUCAUUAUCUCACAGAUUGUGAAAGCGGAAAUCCCUCCCUGGGAAUGGAUGGGUGUGACGACUCAUCAUCUGAAAGUGCAGAUAUAGGGGUCGGAGAUAGCUCUCACAAUCAUAAUCGGGAUAAAAGUCAUUCUCUAUGUCGUCGAAGAACCAGAAAGACACGUCUGAUCACUGAAUUACUGAAGGAAAGCAAAAGUACAACCACUGAUCAUGUUGGAACAGAUUAUCCUCCUAGGAAUGCACUAUCUGAACCUUCAGAUAAGACAAACACUGUUGUGCAACGUCAGGCAGUUUUCGCAGAACUUGUGAAAUGUAGGUUUCGGGGUCAAAAGAGGAAAAAGAAGUUGAUUUCAGAUGAAGGAAACACCAAAAAGCUAAUGACCACAAGUAGGGAAAACAAUGAUUCACUGAAUUGCAGUGGAGGUGUCGAAGAUGCAAAUGUGCUUUUGCAUCCUGAAUCAAAACACAGAGCAAAUGCUAAGAUGGCUCCCAGGAUUGCUAUCAAGAAUCAGACUAAGAACAACUAUGGAAGUCUGAACUUUCCUGAGAAGAAAAUGAAGAGAAACCUAGUUAUUGAAGAUUUGUCCCCAGCGCCCUCCAUAGAAAAUGUAUCAAAAUGUGUUCAGGACAAAAUCGAAGCAGGCCCGGCCUGUUCUGCUCGCGACUUAUGUCUCAAAUUGGGUCGUCAUACUCUGAGCACCACUAGGUUGGACUCCAUUCCUUCUUCUGACCAACUGGUGAAAACAAAUUAUAUUCCCCAAGCGACCUCCAGAGAUACAAGUUCAAGCAUGUGUAAGAAGAAUAAUGAAGCAAACUACGAAAAACUCUCUCUGAUUGGUUCGAGUAGUAGCUCAAAAAGACAAGAUCUAAUGACUAGGACAGAUGCCGGAACAACUUGCCUUUGUCCUCUUGCUGUACACUUACGACCAGCUGAAGAUGCUUCUGCAGAGGAUGGGUUAGCUCUAUCUCUCACUAGCCGUUCGGCUGUGCCUGAUGUCAAGAGGAGUCAUCCUCCUAACCCUGUGUUCGGCCAAGCUUCUUCAUUUUCUAAGAAGGAGGCGACUCCUAAAGAUGGCCACAUUGCGAGGAAAAAUCUAAAUUCCAGAUAUGUGGAGUCAAAUGUUACUUCUACUUGUGAAGUAGAUGUUGCAAAGGGAAUACUUACUGAUCAUAACAGCAAAAAAGCUACCAACAGGAUGCCUCUUCUUAGGGACAAGCAAAAGAACAAUUUAAAUCUUGAGUGCAGCACCUGUAGCCAAAUCCCCCGAAUGGAUAUAUCAGGUAUGAGCAACAGCGGGAAGAACUUUUGUCCUCAGACACAGUGCACAUGUACAAACCAACACUUUGAUAGUGGAACUGAGAAAUCAUCUGAACAAGGAAUUUUAGAUGACAUACCAAUGGAAAUUGUUGAGCUCAUGGCAAAGAAUCAGUACGAAAGGUUCCUUCCUGAUUCUGAAAAUGCUGAACAACCACUAGAAAUCACCACUGGAUCAGGUGGUUCUGAAAGUGUAAAUAUUACCAAAGGAGUUCGGAAGAGGGACUGGAGUUUAUUGUUGAACCAAGGAAAUCAUAAACAGAAACCUCACCCAAAAAAGGCUAGAAAUGACAGGCAUACCAUGGGCAAGGAUUAUAUACCUGCCAAGCAGGCAUCUGUUGAUGGUCCUUCUCUGCCCAAUGCUACGUGUUCCAACGUGAAUCAAAUGGAGAAAAAUUGCCUACAUACUGGGCUUGGUGGAAUCCUCCAGUUCGCCAAGAAGCCAUCAAGUGAGGUUGCAUUGUCCUUAUCCAGCUCCGGCGGUCAUAUUAGCAAUCAUUACUGCAAAAGAGACAAGCAUAUGGUGGGUGUCAGCCUCAUGUCUGGUGGUGAUGAAUCUUCAGUCUCAGUCAAUAGAGUUUGUGAUUCUGUUCCUCAGCACAACGAAGGAGUGGCACAUCUAUCAACCGCAACACCAAAUUGCAUGCCCUUUUCAUAUGACACUAAGAUGUCGGCUUUGCCUACUAGGUCACGUGAAUUUCUUCAUGGUUCCAGGACGCUGCCCCGUUUAGAUGUUAAGGGGCAUUGCAGCCCGAGGUAUUUGAGAGCAAAAGGUAUUGGCUUUGACAAGCAUAGGAAUAAUUCUUCCAACAUUAAUGCAGGACAAACACAGCACACUAGACAGAGCAGGAUGGACCUCCAAAAUCUGUCAGAAUCUACGGUGCUGUGUUCCAGUGAGACGAUUCCGGCGAUGCAUUUGCUCAGCCUCAUGGAUGGGGGAGAACACACGAUCAAUUGGGAUGGAAAUCCUGAACCCCAUCAACGACCCUCCUUUUCUCAUAAGUAUCGCUCUGAGGAGAUUGCCGGGUUAGGCUUUCAGUCAUACAAGCAGCCCUCUAAAAGGAUGCAUCCAUCAUCUGAUUAUUGGGCGAAAGGUAUCCUUAGUGAGCAUGUUUCUGCAGUUCCAACCAUUGAUGAGCCCACUCAUUUAUCUCAGCCUGAUAGAAGUUUCAUGGGGGCCACUAAGGUUGCAGCUCAGGAAUCAUUGAAGAUGCGCAAAACAGGGAAGAAAAAGUGCUCUGAAGUAGCCACAUCAAAUGGAGCAGACAAUUACAGAUCACAGAAAUGCAUAUUCCCUGGUGGUAAUUUGGUCACAAAUCAUGGAUUGAAUCCAACCCUUGACGGGCUUAGGAACUUCUCAGAUAAUCCAGAUGAUGUGGCCUUCCCUGUGCACUUCGAUUCAGAAAGUUCAGGGAAGGACAAAUCAGAGAGGCAAGACAGAAAUGGAACCCUUCGUCCUUCCCAGAAGGACUCUGAGGUUCAAGUAUGUACAGUUAACAAAAAUCCAGCUGAUUUCACCGUGCCAGAAGCAGGAAAUAGGUACAUGAUCGGACGGAGCGACCUAAAAUUUAAAAAAAGAUAUCCCUUUCGGAAUUCACCAGGUGAGAUUAAUUUUGACUGCAAUCACCAGAGGAAGCAAAAGGUCGCUGGAUCAAGUUGGUCCUGAGCUUUAGGUCCAUGAUCGUUCCUUCCGAUACUGUUGAGGUGAUGGUAUCAUAAAUUCCUGUGCAUUGACGCGGCAAAGUGAGAAUCAUUGUGAUAUUUUAAUCUGACAUGUCAACGGUGUAGGUGAUCUGAAGUUGGGAGACCAGAUUCGACAGUUAAUUACAUUAAAGUUUGCCCAUUGUCCAAGCUCAUUCAGAGGGUUCAUUUAUAGUGGAGAAUCGUUUGGCGGAAGGACUUGUUACCUCCGUGUUAAGAAAGAAAGAAAGAUAGUGACGACCCCAAAUGGUGAGAAAACAAGUUGGUGUUUUGUAUAUAGAUGGACAGUGUAGGUAGAGUGUGUGUUUCGUCUGGGGAGCAGACUGACAACAUGGCAUUGCUUCAACUGUAGAUGAAUGGCAAACAGUGAUGCUACUU